CUGUGUCCCUCAUUUUCCCCCCCACAAAAACCCAUCUCUCUCCUUCAAAUCGCCAUUAAAAUUCUUCCCUCUCUCUCUCUCUCUCUCUCUCUCUUGUUUCAUAUCAAAAACUUCAUCAACCCCUUCAAAUCUUCGUCAACAACCAUCCUACUUUUCAAUCAUUCUCUGUCUUCUCAACCAUAAAGAUUCACCUUUUUCACAUCCAUGGUUCCAGAAACUUUCAGAACAAACUGGAAUCGGAUUUGGAAAUGUCUGCCGUUAGGUGUAGACACCAGAAAGAACUGAGAGAAACAAGAAGAGAAUGCAGAUUCUUUGAAGAAAUAUAACUAAUCCUAAUCCUCUCCAUGCAGCAUCAGUUCUUCAUGGAUAUUGCCUUCCACCUCCAUGAAGGCCAACGCCAUAGCUUUCUUCAAUCUGUAAUGCAUUCCUUUGGCUGCACUUACAUUUGCCUCUGGUCGUAUCUGCCUCAGCCAUCCAACUGCUUGAGGUUCUUGGAUGGGUUAUUGCAGGAGAUAGCAGUGGAGCCAAUUUGUUCCAGUUUGGUGCAGUUGCUUUUUGGGGAAUACAGGCAAUUAGAUUUCAGUGUGGAAGAUGGACUUGUUCCAGGACGUGCCCAUAAACACAAUGUUCCUUGUCUCAAAUUGGAGGACUCCCAGCUUCAAACCUUUGCUUCUGCUGAUGUGCAGAGACAGUUUUAUGUCGCUGCAAGGAUUCAGACUUCUAUCUUCUUGGGGAGCAUCAAUGGCGAAAUUGAGCUUGGAUUCUCCAAUGUUUCUCAGGUUGACAUAGAGAUGAUUAUAAGCAACUUGGUACCUGGAGAUGUUCCUCCCAAGGUUCCAAUGGAGCUUCCUCUGCCAGCCACGCAACCGAAACCAAAACCGACGCUCACCCCGAACCCGCCUUCGUCUUCUUCUUCUUCCUUGAGAUCACUGUCAAUGGACAGCCCCGUGGAAUGCUCCUCUUUUCUCUUCAAUGGAAUUCAAACCACUCCCCACAUUCCCAUCCUGCAAAGCCAGCAGCAGCAGCAGCAAUCCAUGGACUCAAUUUUAGCUCAAGCAAGAAACCUCCAGUUCCCCACACCAGAGGCCUUAGAUGAGGCCAUGACAAGAGCCAUCCUCGCAGUUCUGUCAUCACCAGCUUGCUCUUCCUCCUCCUCUGUUCAUCAACCUCUAGAGGGGCUUCCUCAGAACUACCAUUUGAGUGUAAAAGCCAGUGGAUUCAAGAAAUACACGCGAGUUUUAACCCCGAAUCGAAAGCCAAGCUCGGGCAGGCAGAGCUUGCUCAAGAGAUCAUUUGCCUUCUUGAGGAACUUGAAUCUCAUGAGGCUCCAGGAGCGCACGCCACCGACGACGAGUCGACCGACGAGCUCGCAGCUUCACCAUGUCAUGUCGGAGCGGCGGCGGAGGGAGAAACUCAACGACAGCUUCCAGGCAUUGAAAUCUCUACUCCCACCAGGAACAAAGAAAGACAAAGGAUCAGUGCUGACAACCACAAGGGAUUAUUUGAGCUCUUUGAAAGCUCAAGUGGCUGAGCUUAGUCGGAAGAACCAGCAACUGGAAGCACAGCUUUUGCAGAGUGCUAAAACAGAAGAAGAGAGAAGAGAAUUUUCCCAAGAAUCAGAUAGAUUAUUCAGAGUUCGAGUUUCAAACGUUCCCGAAUCGACAUCGGAACGCCAAAUUAUCGAUUUGCAUAUAGCAACUAGAGGAGAAACUCCAUUGACAAACAUAGUCAUUGGGAUUCUUGAGUUCUUGAAGAGGCUUGACAAUGUGAGAGUUGUAUCCAUGGAAGGCAACACCCAGUUAACAGCUUCAAGUUCUAUUAACCAUCUAACUUUGAGAUUAAUCAUUGAGGAGAAUGAAUGGGACGAGUCAGCCUUCAGGGAAGCAGUGGAGAGGAUUGUAUCUGACCUGGCUCGGUGACGUUGACAACACCACCAGUCGCCAUCUCCCAUAAAACAAUUCGUCAACUGCUCAUUUCAUCUCCACCGUCAGUUUUUUUUUUUUUAUGAGAUAUAAAAUAUAGAUUAAUGGUUAUAUUGUUAUUUUGGCUUUUAUGUACUUUUCAUUUUUGUCUCCUAGGCAGGCAAGUUUUGUUCUCAAUAUCAUAUCUCAACAAUAGUAUCAAUAUUAUCUUGGUUUUGAUUUUUACUAAAAAAA